CAUAGAAGAAAAAGAAGAAUAACCAGAAGCAGAAGAAGAAUAACCAGAAGCAGCAGCAGCCCCCAUCAAGCAGCAACAUCCGAGAAAGCCACCAAAAGAUGCUCGUCUGUCAGUAUUUGGUGACUGAAACUGAAUCCUAAAGGCACAGCGGAAUCUGGUGGCAGCAGCAGCAGGCAUCUAGCUUAGAUGAAGGAUGAAGAGCCCAGUGCACAGAUGCAGGGAUGUGGAGCACGGGCGUGGGCAAGGCAGGGCUGAGACCAACUGCCUUCAGGCCGAGCAGCGCAUCCCCAUCUCCAAAGAUGUCAUCACUUCCUCCUCUGCCUCAGCUAUGUGGUUUAUCAGGGACAUCUGUGGCAUUGUGUGCGCCGUCAUCACCUGGCUGCUGUUGUUGUAUGCAGAGUUUGUUGUGCUGUUUGUGAUGUUGCUGCCCUCCAAGAAUCUGAUGUACAGCAUUGUAAACGGGACCCUGUUCAACAUUCUGGCCUUCCUUGCCCUUGCCUCACACCUCAGGGCUAUGUGCACUGACCCUGGGGCGGUGCCAAAAGGGAAUGCUACUAAGGAAUACAUAGAAAGUCUUCAGCUGAAACCAGGGCAGGUGGUUUACAAAUGUCCCAAGUGCUGCAGCAUCAAGCCAGACCGAGCACACCAUUGCAGUGUUUGCAAACGCUGCAUACGCAAGAUGGACCACCACUGCCCCUGGGUCAAUAACUGUGUUGGGGAGAACAACCAAAAGUAUUUUGUGCUUUUCACAAUGUACAUUGCACUCGUCUCCUUCCACGCUCUCCUCAUGGUGGUCUUCCAUUUCCUCUACUGCUUUGAAGAUGAUUGGACAAAGUGCAGUUCCUUCUCUCCUCCAGCAACAGUCAUCCUCCUCAUACUCCUGUGCUUUGAGGGUCUCCUCUUCCUCAUCUUUACCUCUGUGAUGUUUGGCACCCAAGUCCACUCCAUCUGUACAGAUGAAACCGGCAUAGAGCAGUUGAAAAAGGAAGAGAGAAGAUGGGCUAAAAAAACUAAGUGGAUGAACAUGAGGGCGGUAUUUGGACACCCUUUCUCCUUAUUGUGGUUUAGUCCCUUCUCCACCCCUGACCAUGGGAAGGCUGAGACCUACCAGUAUGUGGUGUGAGAGCGCAGCGCAUUGAACGAGGCGGCCAGGUCAAAGCCAAAGUGUGAAAGCCUUCCCAGCCCCAUAGAGCUGACAUAUGGCAUUCUGUUGCGCCCAAUGAUUUACAUUUUACCUUCCACACUCGCCAUGGACAGCUUUUGAUCUGCUUUUUGUUCUGCCGUCUGUGCGCUUUGUCAUUUUUUGUUGCCUUAAGUAAGUUGGGUUGCAGAGAAAAAGAAAGCACUAUCAGUUUGUGAAUCCUGUUUUUAAACACUGUGAUAAAUCUGUUUUUUUCUGACCGUUUUCUAUUUCUGUUGUUUGUUGCUGUUGUAUCAGAAGCCUUCUCUUUUCUUGCACUGUUUACGCUUGCUUUCCCCUAAAUUGUUAUUUCAGUAAAAUUCCAAAAAAAAACAUUCACUUAUCCCUGGCCAUGCUGAUAGUUUGGGGUGUUUAGCACAAUACAAUGGAAGAGAAUGGAAUUUAAUAUAUGGCUGACAUUAACAUUUUUUUAUUAUUAAUAAAUCUGCUAAAUAUUUUAUUUUAUUAAUAUAUAAAAUGUCAGAGAAUAUUAAAAAUAGUUGAUGUGUUGCUUGUUUUGUUCAACCAAAAAAAGUUUAACAUUCGAAAAAUAAGAUAUUUGAUUUACUGCCAUAAAAACAACACAAACUAAUUUCACAUUUGAAGAGCUGCUUUGUCUUUUUUAGUUAAGGAAUUAUUAAACAAUUACCAAAUAUAUUUUAGAAUAUUUUCUUUGUGUUUAAUAGACAAAUUGUUUAAACUAUAAUUAAAUUUUUGGUCAAAGCACUGAAAAAUGUAUUUGGGGAAACUCUGCAAUAUUCUUUUGCACAAUUGAUAUUUUGGUUACUAAGAGUGAUUUACAGACCUUGCUUCCAACAGUUUUCACAUGGACUGUUCUUUGGUAGAUAGUAAAUUAUUUAUUUUAAGUGAAAUAUGUGUAGUAACAAGGUAUUUGUUUCUGGAUGUAAAAUGUGCUCUUGAGUUUUUCCAGACAAUAUUUUUCAAAGCGUGGAACCACCACAAACACAAUCCCAUUCAUGGCCAUUGUACAAGGGUGAGAGCAGAAAAUUCUAAUCCAGGAUAAAUAAUUAAAUCAAAACUAUGUGCAUACUACUAGUGGUCAGUGGAAAAAUAUGUUUGUAAUUUGGAUGAAUUUACCCUUUAAAUCAUCCUCUUGACGGACAGUAAUCAUUAGUGUGUUCCACAUAUGGACAAAAACAAACCUUUCAAAUAGGUUCCCAUAAGAAUGGAUUGAAUGAAUGGUUAGGUUACAGUAGGUUAAGAGUUAACAGUCUCCUCAAUCACAUUCCUUGUGGGAGCCAUUCUGAAAACAUCCAUUCUUAGGCUGACCUUUUUAAAUGGUGCCAAAUAAAGCACUGUAAAGGAACAGUUUGCUAUAAUUUUUGUGGAUGUUUGUGAAAAUAUUUUAGAUACAACCAGUUGGGCAGAAAAGUUAUUGUUAUGCUAGAAGUAAAGUUUCACUCAUUCUUACAAUUAGAGAUGCACCAAUCCCAUGUUUUUUCCCACGUUAACUCGGGGCAUCUGCCAAUAUUGAUUCCCAAUGUAAUUCCAGUGGUCUGUUCUUCCCUUUCCUUGGGAUCAUUUUUGUGGUGUGUCCCUAUUUGCUAAAUGCAAGUAAUACCCAGUAUUUAUUGUAAUACAGCAAUAACCACCCGCACCCCUUGUGAAAAUGUAAAUGGUGGUGUUCAAAUUGUCCACAGCUUACCUGUGAGACAAAUAGACAAGAUACUGUCUACCUUACAAGAAAACGUGUUUAACGUUCCUUUCAAGUGUUGUAUUUGAGCUUCACAUGACUGAGUGAAGGAUACCUUUGAGAAAACUACAU